GACAGAGGGCAGGACUGGCAGGGUGCGGUCUGCUUCAGUAGCAUCUGAUCUCGGGUCACUUCCAUUUCCAUCUCAACUGAGAGCCGUCACAGGGCAGCAUUCAAAAAGUCAAGCCGGGAGCCAGAAACCGCUGCGGGGACACACUCUGACCGCGACUCUGCGCAACCAGGACCCGCCUGCAGGCGAUUCUCAGCGCGCUUGCCAAGAUAAACGGAACUUCUCUAUUUAUUCCCCCUGUCUCCGCUUGGACUGAGAGAAAGCGAGUUUUACAGACCUGAGAGGACCAGCGAGCUGGCACCAACUCCGCCACCGAUAAAAAAAAAAAAACGCCCAGGGAACCCUACGUGUCCGGUGCCGGGGUGUCUUUCCGUGCGCAAAAGGAUGGUGAGCAUCAGGUGCUCCGUACUAUCACCGUAAAGACUGGUCCUCCUCCCCCUCUGGUGAUCUUGUGUGGGGACAGAAACUGAGAUUGGGGGAGGAGGGUUGCUUUACCACCAUCUUCACCAUCUUUGACACUCCAACUCUUGGAGUGCCCGGUGGCACCGGUUGGUAUGAGACUCUCCACAGCGGUGGCGCUCCUCACCGGGUUCAUCUUGACUUUCUCGCCGGCGUGUGACAGCUGUGGACCGGGCAGAGGUUACGGAAAGCGACGGAAUCCAAGGAAACUCACGCCUCUCGCAUAUAAGCAGUUUAGCCCAAACGUUGCCGAGAAAACGCUCGGAGCCAGUGGGAGAUAUGAAGGGAAAAUAACGCGCAGCUCUGAGCGCUUUAAAGAACUGAUACCCAACUACAACCCCGACAUCAUCUUCAAGGAUGAAGAGAACACAGGUGCGGACCGCAUGAUGACGCAGCGUUGUAAGGACAAACUGAAUUCUCUGGCCAUCUCGGUGAUGAACCUGUGGCCAGGUGUGCGUCUGCGUGUGACAGAGGGCUGGGAUGAAGACGGCCAUCACUCUGAAGAGUCUCUGCAUUACGAGGGCAGGGCGGUGGACAUCACUACCUCUGACCGCGACCGCAACAAGUAUGCCAUGUUGGCCCGUCUGGCAGUGGAGGCCGGGUUUGACUGGGUCUAUUACGAGUCCAAAGGCCACAUACACUGCAGUGUCAAAUCAGAGAAUUCGCUAGCAGCAAAAACAGGAGGUUGUUUUCCUGGUGAGGCUUUAGUGACAAUGGAAGAUGGAAUGCAGAGACCAAUCCGUGAGCUUCAACCAGGCGACCGCAUUCUGGCUUCAACGGGAAGCGACGGGACUGGCAACCUCACCUACAGCGAUGUCCUUACCUUCCUGGACCGCAGCCCCAUUACCCAGAAGUACUUUUACGUGAUAAGCACAGAGGAUGGGGCCAGUGUUCCCCUGACUGCGGCUCAUUUACUGUUUGUUUGUGGAAACUGCUCCAGUGGGGUCCAGUCAAUGACAGGCGCCCUCCGGACAAUAUUUGCCAGUGAUGCUCAACCAGGGCAGUUUUUGCUGAUUGUAAAUGAAGGGGAACUCAGGAAGCGUGUUUCACGUAUCACUCAAAUAGAGGUGCGGGAGGACCAGGGGGCUUAUGCCCCUCUCACUGCCCAUGGGACUUUGGUGGUGAAUGGCGUGAUGACCUCGUGUUAUGCGGCGGUAAACAGACAACAGCUAGCUCACUGGGCGUUUUCUCCUCUCCGUCUCUUGUACAGUUGGACCGGACCAGAUCUGAUCCAUAAGAAUGGCUUACAUUGGUACUCCCAGGUCUUAGUCAGUGUGGGAACACUACUACUAGACUCAGAACUACUCCACCCUUGGGCCUUAGAAGAUGAAGCAAGACGACCCUGAUAGCACACGUACAUCACCCAGACCUUUAUUUGAUGUGUGUGUUUACAUCUGGAAGAUAUAUUUUUUGGGUUGUUUCCUCAUCUGCAAUAUGUCUACAAGAUGUUUCCUCUCAGAUGUUAAUAAGAUAUUCAGCAGAUGUCUUUGAGACAUUUGUGAUUUAGAAUGUUUGUAAAUCUGAUCUUUUUAAGAUGUUUAGCAGAUGUUAAUUAGAUUGUGAAGCUUUCAAGAUGAAAAGAUCUAAAACGGACAUCUCAGAGAUAUAUGUGUGCUAUCUGGGAAUGGUUGAAAAAGAAAAGAGAGAGGUAAACAAAGCAAUGAAAAUGAAAGAUAGAGGGAUGGAAAUGGUUGAUAGCUCAGGGUUAAUGACACAGUUCUAAUACAAAAUGAGAAGCAAAAGCAGAGACAUUUUUAGAGACUUCAAAGUUGAAUAGUGUAAUUUAUGCACCAAAAAUAUAAUGUAUUUUCCAACUGGUUUCGCAAAACACUUCCCCUGUCUUCUAUUGAACUACCAAACAGAUAGGCCCGCCCCCAAACUCGCGGCAUUGGUUGUGCCAAUGCUGGUGUGUCGACCCUGUCAGAAUGCUCAAACAAACAGCGACGUUUCGAUAGUGCAUGCAGAGCCACAGUAUUUACACUUUUCAGAAGAAUCAACCUAUAAAUGGCUGGCUAAUAGUUGUCUAUGUAUAUUAAGCUGAGACAGGAAAAAGUAUUUUAACAUACAGUUGUGCUCAAAAGUUUGCAUACCCUGGCAGAAAUUGUGAAAUUUUGGCAUUGAUUUUGAAAAUAUGACUGAUCAUGCAAAAAAAAAAAAAAACUGUCUUUUAUUUAAGGAUAGUGAUCAUAUGAAGCCAUUUAUUAUCAUAUAGUUGUCUGGCUCCUUUUUAAAUCAUAAUGAUAACAGAAAUCACCCAAAUGGCCCUGAUCAAAAGUUUACAUACCCUUAAAUGUUUGGCCUUGUUACAAACACACAAGGUGACACACACAGGUUUAAAUGGCAAUUAAAGUUUAAUUUUCCACACCUGUGGCUUUUUAAAUUGCAAUUAAGGUCUGUGUAUAAAUAGUCAAUGAGUUUGUUAGCUCUCACGUGGAUGCAUUGAGAAGGCUAGAUACUGAGCCAUGGGGAGCAGAAAAGAACUGUCAAAAGACCUGCGUAACAAGGUAAUGGAACUUUAUAAAGAUGGAAAAGGAUAUAAAAAGAUAUCCAAAGCCUUGAAAAUGCCAGUCAGUACUGUUCAGUCACUUAUUAAGAAGUGGAAAAUUCGGGGAUCUCUUGAUACCAAGCCAAGGUCAGGUAGACCAAGAAAGAUUUCAGCCACAACUGCCAGAAGAAUUUUUCAGGAUGCAAAGAAAAACCCACAGGUAACCUCAGGAGAAAUACAGGCUGCUCUGGAAAAAGACAGUGUGGUUGUUUCAAGGAGCACAAUACGACAAUACUUGAACAAAAAUGAGCUGCAUGGUCGAGUUGCCAGAAAGAAGCCUUUACUGCGCCGAUGCCACAAAAAAGUCCGGUAACAAUAUGCCCGACAACACUUUGACACGCCUCACAGCUUCUGGCACACUGUAAUUUGGAGUGACGAGACCAAAAUAGAGCUUUAUGGUCACAACCAUAACCGCUAUGUUUGGAGAAGGGUCAACAAGGCCUAAAGUGAAAAGAAUACCAUCCCCACUGUGAAGCAUGGUGGUGGCUCACUGAUGUUUUGGGGGUGUGUGAGCUCUAAAGGCAUGGGGAAUCUUGUGAAAAUUGGUGGCAAGAUGAAUGCAGCAUCUUAUCAGAAAAUACUGGCAGACAAUUUGCAUUCUUCUGCACAAAAGCUGUGCAUAGGACGCUUUUGGACAUUCCAGCAUGACAAUGACCCUAAGCACAAGGCCAAGUUGACCCUCCAGUGGAUACAGCAGAAAAAGGUGAAGGUUCUGGAGUGGCCAUCACAGUCUCCUGACCUUAAUAUCAUCGAGCCACUCUGGGGAGACCUCAAACGUGCGGUUCAUGCAAGACGACCAAAGACUUUGCAUGACCUGGAGGCAUUUUGCCAAGACGAAUGGGCAGCUAUACCACCUGCAAGAAUUUGGGGCCUCAUAGACAACUAUUACAAAAGACUGUACACUGUCAUUGAUGCUAAAGGGGGCAAUACACAGUAUUAAGAACCAAGGGUAUGCAGAAUUUUGAACAGGGGUCAUUUCAUUUUUUUCUUUGUUGCCAUGUUUUGUUUUAUGAUUGUGCCAUUCUGUUAUAACCUACAGAUGAAUAUGAAUCCCAUAAGAAAUAAAAGAAAUGUGUUUUGCCUGCUCACUCAUGUUUUCUCUUAAAAUGGUACAUAUAUUAUCAGUUCUCCAAGGGUAUGAAAACUUUUGAGCAUAACUUUACUCAGCUCUCGUCUUGUUAUUUUACAAUAAUUGUGUGAGAGAUCACACAUUGUUUGUGCCUUAUGUUUGUUUCUGACACUUUUCCCUUAAUCUAGUCUCUUUCCUCUGAUUGUCAUUAGAGGUAGAUAUUAGACUGUACAACUAAUUUAAGAAUUUUAAAAAAGUACUUUGUAAUAUAAUUACAGUAAUAAAUUAUAUUGAAGGUAUUUGA